AUGUCUCCGCCAUUUCACCAUUCCGUUAAACAACCCCUGCCUUCAGGUUCGACGUCUCCUCAGCUGACUGCGCUGCGGUUGGCCACCCCUGCUCCUGAUAACGAAGAAUACACUGGCCUUGAACCAGACGCGACCGAGCCUGACCAAGCCGGCCCCGCUCCGGCUGACCACCUCGCCGACUCUGUUGGAUUUUCGGUCGGAUCUGAUGACGCCCCGGCGGACAAUGCCUCUUCUGCCGAUGCUGACGCGGGUAGCGACCAAGUGCGUAACGUGGACACUGCCGAUUCUGACCAAGCCGGUCCCGCUCCGGCUGACCACCUCGCCGACUCUGUUGGACUUUCGGUCGGAUCUGAUGACGCCCACGCGGACGAUGCCUCUUCUGCCGAUGCUGAUCCUGCCGAUGCUGACGUGGGUAGCGACCACGUGCGUAACGUAGACACUGCCGAGUCUGACCAAGCCGGUCCCGCUCUGGCUGGCCACCUUGCCGACCCUGUUGGAUUUUCGGUCGGAUCUGAUGACGCCCCGGCGGACAAUGCCUCUUCUGCCAAUGCUGAUCCUGCUGAUUCUGACGUGGGUAGUUACCACGUGCAUGACGUGGACACGACCAAGGUUGACCAGUUAGCUAAGGAGUGUGUAGACUUACGGCGAGCGGUAGUGAAAAGUGAGCAGCGUGUUGCUCUAAUGUGGAGAGGUUUCGAUGCGCUUGCUCGCAGCUUUGCACAACGUGGUCGGGAGCUUGACAAAUUGAAAUCGGAGCGCGCUUCUAUCCGCCAAGAGCUUCACCGCUUGCGCUCCUCCAAUGAUGCUCAUAUCGAGGAGCUAGCACUGUUGAGAGCAGAACGGGAUCUGCUUACUCGCGACCUUCAGGCCCAGCUGAACCAGCUGGUCAACUUCGUUAUGGGUGUUCCGCCGUCGGUGAGGCUCGCCUAUGAUAAGCGGCAGAGAGAGCAGUCAGAGGCCGAUCCUGUGUCACCCCCGAACAAGCGUGCGCGCGUUACGGUCACCUCGAGUUCGGCUUAUAGGUCCCCAUCUGCGGUGGUCCCGCCGUAG